UUUUUUUAAUUUAACGGUAAAGGGGGGAGCCCCAAACCCUGCUGCCCACUCUGCCCUCCACUCUACACCCGACUCUGGCACCAGUCCCCCCACUUACUGGGCAGGGACAAGCUGGGUCGGGGGCCAGGUUCCCCCUGCCCGGCGCUUCUCCUCUUCGCUCCCAGUUGGCUGCACUUUGUUUACUGGUUUUGCGCGGCCGCUUGGCCUUGCGCUGUGCGGGGCUGCGGCUCCUGCAGCCUCCCGGAGCUCCGACUCCCGCUGGACCUGUACAGCUGCGGGCUCACCCGGGGCGGUGGGGGCUGUCCCGGAUCCCGAUGGCAGCGCUGGGACCUGUCCCUGCUCCACCCCCGUUCUCGUCCCGGGGUGCUGGGCCCGCGGCUCCGCCCCUGCAUCUCAUUUCUAUCAUUUCCUAUUUUUAAUAAACUGUUUUGUAAAUACCCGAGUCCUGUCUCUUUCCGCGCCCUUUUCCCCUCCCCGGGGCCCUUCUCUCCUCCCCGGGGCGGUUCUUUCUUUCUUUCUCCCCGGCGCGGUUCUCUUCGGGCGGCGGCCAUGGCCUGGCGCCGCCGGAGCCCGGCUGAGCCUCGGCGGCUGAUGCGGGCCGGGCUGGCACUGAUCGUACUGGGCCACGGGAGUCUGGUGCUCGGUGCCAUCGUCCACGGCUCGGUCCUUCGGCAUGUGGCCGGCACCCGCCGCGCCGUCACUCCCGAGUACGCGGUGGCCAACGUGGUGUCGGUGGGCUCGGGGCUACUGAGCAUCGCCGUGGGCAUCGUCGCCAUCCUAGUGUCGCACAACCCGUCCCGGGCAGCCAUGCACUGGACUCUACUGAGUGUGUCCCUGUUGAACCUCCUCCUGUCCACAGCGUGCAGCGUGGGCCUGGUGCUGGCCAUUGCCCUCACCAUCCACGGCCGGGGCAGGCACCUUGUCAUAGGCUGCAACAGCUCUGCGCUGCCUGCCGAUGCCCGCGCUGCCAUCGUCACCAACGACUGUCCCUUCAACACCACACGCAUCUACGACACAGCCCUGGCACUCUGGAUCCCCUCCAUGGUCCUGGUGGUCACAGAAGCUGUGCUGUCUGGCAAGUGUUGUUUGGUGGCCCUGAUCCUCCGAGGUAUUGGGCCCUGUGCACGCAGCUAUGGCAAAGACCAGCUGCCCAGGCCAAGUACUGUGAAGGAGAGGCCACCACGUGAGAUGCAGCAGCUCCUGGAGGGGCUGGCUGAGUCUCGUACCUAGCUGGAUAGGUGAGCAGAGUGUGUGGGCUA